AUGGAGUGGAAGAGAAGUCCGAAGAUGCAUAUUCAGCGCUUUUCUGUCUCGUCGAUGUUGUAUUGGAGCUGUUGUGAAUCAAAUUGUUACAUUGUGGAUGAGAGUGAUGAUGAAAAUGGCGAUGAACGUUGCAGAUCUGCGAUGAAGAUGCGCAAGGAGGUGAAGAUGGAAAUUAUAGAAAACGAUGACGAUAAUGAUGAAGAAGGAGAGGUGAAGAUGGAAAUUAUAGAAAACGAUGACGAUAAUGAUGAAGAAGGAGAGAGGAUGCUGCAGAUGCUAAGAAGUCGCAGUAGGUUAUGGUGA